AUGAAGAGAUUGUUGUCUAAACGUAAAGAUCCUAAGCCAGGAUCUUCCUCGGUCAACCCCCUGAUCAGUUCGGUUGAUAUAGCACCUACCACCAGCAACCAAUCCAACGAAUCUCAUGAUGAAUCAGUUAAUCCGAUAUUUCAAAAAACAAGUAACGUCGAUAUGAAUCUUAAUGUGAAUCCAACUAUUGUUGGCAGGAAUCAAGAUGAUGAUGAUGAUUUUUCCAUGGAUACAACCAUGAACGACUAUUCGUUAUUCACCGGCACCAAGAAGUCAUUCUCAACUAAGCAAUCGUCAUAUAUGUCCCUGGGUUCUUCCAGCGGUGCCCCCGGUGCCGGUAAGAAGGAAUUUGGUACAGCCUUGCAUACUUUGAAUAUGGUGGCCGAAGAGACCGACGAAACUACAAGUGCAAGUCAGAUUGUAAGUGACGGAUUGGUCACUUUAGUUGAGGAUGUUUCGUUCGUGGUUAAUCAGUUUAAUCACGGAAUAAUUAACUUAACAACCUGUGUUAUAAACGCUAUUGAUUGUUUUAAACGGUUCAUUGCAAAAGCUAACUCGUUGGACAAGAGAUCUUCCAGUUGGAAAUUCACCAGUGAAAACAAUAAAUGUGUUCGACAAAUCAUUCGAUACUAUCUUAAUUUUUACGACAACUUGUUAAAAGAUGAAGCAUAUAUCAAGUUGAAAUUAUUACUAGUUAAGCAUUUCAACGAUUUUGCCGGGUGUUUGGAUUCAUCAAGCAGACUACAAACUAGCGAAAUUGUAAAACCAAAGAAUUAUGCUAUAGGAUACGGUGGAGUGAAAUUACCUAAUCAAGAAGUAGUUGAACGAAUUGUGGAAAAGAUAAGCAAGUCGAACUUACCAAUAAAGGAACAAUCGGGAUCAUUCUUGGCUCCCAUUACUCGAGGAAUAACCCAGGAGUUGUCCAUUCUCUGUCUUUAUUUCGGAUACCCUGAACCAAACGACUAUCAUUUUCGAUUCAUACAAUCCUUGUAUGAACUAUAUGAUGAUAUCCAUAUGAUGAUCAUGAAGAACAAGGUUGAAUUAGCAGCUACUGCCGCAACAACAAAUCCAAUACCCGCACCUACUCACGACCCAAUCACCGCACCAAUCAAGUUUAAAAUCCCAUUCAGAAUACCCACAGAUAUAACCCAACCACCAAUGUCGAUGUCUAUCUCGUUGGAAAAUUCCGUAAGAACAUCAGGUACAUUAGGAGGUUACAUAUACCCUAUAAUUAACACACAAACCCAUCCUCAAUUAUCCUACUAUGCUCAUUCACAAUUUGCCAUCACAUGUGGUCAUGUUUGUCUUGAUGGAAACAAGUCCACUUAUCCUCAUGUAAGUAUGCCUUCUUCGGUCUUAAUAUCCAUGUAUAAAAACGCAUUGUCAGCACAAUACACUAGAAGUGAUAAUGAAGCCAAAGUAGCGUAUGGAUCCAUUUUAAACCAGUUGGAUCAGUUGUUCCCUAUCAAGAAAGUCAAACUGGAUAAUAACAACACUCAACAAAUGAGAAAUUUGCCUAGUUUACGAUUUGGACAGAUCAUCUGGGGUGAACGUACAUUGAUCGAGAAUAACAUUGUAAAUGGGAUAAGUGACGUUCCUGAAAAGAGACUUAGUGACUUGGCAAUUGUGAAAAUCAACAAGAAGCUAUCAUGUAGGAAUUUCCUCGGCGAUGAUAUUCCAUUUAAUGAAUUCGACCCUGGAUUGAUGUUUGAUAAUUUGUACAUUAGGAAAGUUAUAAAUUUGUCAAGAUAUGUUCCUAAACCAGUACCUGCCAAUACCGAGGUUGAUUCUACAGUUUCCUCCUAUAAUCCCCAAGAAUCACUCCAUGGAGUACCCGUGUUUAAGUACGGGUCCACUACAAAAUACACCCGAGGCAAUCUUAACGGAAUCAAGUUGGUAUACUGGCAAGAUGGAGCCAUCCACUCGCUGGAAUUCAUUGUGAACUCUCCCGACAAUAUCACACCAUUCGCAUCAGGUGGUGAUAGUGGAAGUUGGAUUCUUACCAAAUUAGAAGAUAUAGAAAGCGAUGCGAAGGGAUUGGGUGUUCUUGGUAUGUUGCAUUCUUAUGAUGGUGAAUUUAGACAGUUUGGUUUGUUUACACCAAUGACGGAGAUUUUGACUAGGUUGGAAGAGGUUACCAAUAUUAAGUGGGGUGUUGUUGGUUGUGAAGAAAAAGCUGGAGAGGAAAUUGAAUCUAGUGAGAGCGAAGUUCCUAGCGAUAGUGAUAGUGACAGUGAAGUUGAUUAG